AAGUAACAUGGCUGCUGCCCCUUAAGAACUGCAGUGCGGGGUCCGAGUGGGACUCCUGAGCGGUUGGGCGGUCGAGAGCAGGUGUGCGGAGGUGGGGACCCGGCCCCGGUUCCGAGGCGGCGCGCGGCGGCGGAGCGAGACAGGCGGCCCGGGGCGGCGUGGUCCAUGAGCCGGCGCCGGAGGCAGCGCGGAGCCGCAGACUCCCCUAGCCCCGGCGCGGCCCGGGCUGCCGCGGGCUGAGGAGUCGCGGGGCUCCGGGGAUCGCCCCGAGCUGCCACCAUGAACCCCGAGAAGGAUUUCGCGCCGCUCACGCCCAACACCGUGCGCGCCCUCAAUGACAAGCUCUACGAACGCUGAAGGUGGCAGCGCUGGAGAUAGACAGACAAAGGGAAACGGAGACCCAGAAAAGGGAAGGGACCGUGACCCAGCCAACGCCUCCCAGUCAGCAGCAGAACUGGGAAAGCCCUGCCCCGAGAUGCCCGACUCCCAGUUCCUCUUUCUAAACAGGCUGGUCCGGGAGUUCGUGGCCCAGAACAACACCGUGCAGAUCAAGCAUGUGAUCCAGACGCUGUCUCAGGAGUUUGCCCUGUCCCAGCACCCGCACAGCCGGAAAGGGGGCCUUAUCGGCCUGGCCGCCUGCUCCAUCGCGCUGGGCAAGGACAUCGUGACGGAGAGCAACAAGUUCGACCUGGUGGGCUUCAUCCCCUUGCUGCGGGAGAGGAUUUAUUCCAACAACCAGUAUGCCCGGCAGUUCAUCAUCUCCUGGAUCCUGGUUCUGGAGUCCGUGCCAGACAUUAACCUGCUGGAUUAUUUGCCAGAGAUCCUGGAUGGACUCUUCCAGAUCCUGGGCGACAACGGCAAAGAGAUUCGGAAAAUGUGUGAGGUGGUCCUUGGAGAAUUCUUGAAGGAAAUUAAAAAGAACCCCUCCAGUGUUAAGUUUGCUGAGAUGGCCAACAUCCUGGUGAUCCACUGCCAGACCACGGAUGAGAACAUUGGAACACUGACAUUUUCAUCUGUUCUGUAUAAGAAUGAGUGUGUCAACACAGUGCUCCCAGCUACAGCACUGAAAAAAAACAAGUUUAAUUAAAGACAGAGGAGAAACCGCAUAUGGAGCCUAAGCCAUUGAGAUAUAAUGAAGAGUGUCAUCUUCAGAGUCAGUUCUCUAUGAACAAAUCUCUUUGUCAGUGUCAGGAGGGAAAAAAAAAAGACAUAGCAAAGUAAAGGUGUGCUGUAUACCACAGGGAACUCUGCUCAAUAUUCUGUAAUAACCUAAAUGGGAAAAGAAUUUUUAAAAGAAUAGACACAUGUAUAUGUAUAACUGAAUCAGUUUGCUGUACACCUGAAACUAACACAUUGUUAAUCAACUAUACUCCAAUAUAAAAUAAAAAUUU